GAUAGUAUACGACGCAAGAAGAGAAUGCAAUCAAGUAGUAGUAGGCUUUUGUUGUGUUCCUCAAAACCAAAUUCAUUGUUUGGUUCAGCCGUCACUCCCACUCUCCCCUCUUCUCUUAGAUUCCCACCACUCUCCCUUACCAUCCCUAACUCUACCUCAUCCUCUAUUCGCUUACGAUCCCUCCGCUCCUCCGCGAGUGACUCUUCUCAAGUUACAGAAAUGGCUUCUCAAGAUCAAGACCCACGUAUAGCCAGAAUCUCAUCUGCGAUCCGUGUCAUCCCCGAUUUUCCUAAGCCAGGUAUCAUGUUUCAAGAUAUAACCACACUACUUCUGGAUACAAAGGCUUUCAAAGAUACCAUUGACUUGUUUGUUGAGAGGUAUAGAGAUCAAAACAUUUCUGUUGUCGCAGGUGUUGAAGCCAGAGGCUUUAUUUUUGGGCCACCCAUUGCAUUGGCAAUUGGAGCAAAAUUUGUCCCAAUGAGGAAACCCAAGAAAUUGCCAGGAGAGGUAAUCUCAGAAGAGUAUUCUUUGGAGUAUGGAACUGACAAAAUAGAAAUGCACGUAGGGGCUGUACAACCUGGAGAAAGAGCCUUAGUCAUUGAUGAUCUUAUAGCCACCGGUGGAACCCUAUGUGCUGCGAUUAAACUGCUAGAACGUGUUGAGGUGACUGUUGUUGAGUGCGCUUGUGUGAUUGAAUUACCGGAGUUAAAGGGGAGAGAAAGGCUGGGAGACAGGUCGUUGUUCGUCUUAGUUGAAGCAGAAGGAGCUUGAUAUUUGUUGUUGUGAUUGUGUAGUUAUCGACCAUUUGAGCUGACUCUUGUUAGGAGCAUUAUUGAUGAAGUUCACUUUAGUGGUUAUUAUUUUUUAAAAAUAAAUUUUUUUGUGUUUCUUAGAAAAGAACCAAGAGAGAGGUCAGGCUCGAGUUGUAUUGUAUGUAACAAUAUCCUAUUUUAAUACUCUUGAAAAGAAUUGUGUGCUUGCUUGCCGGAAGAUCCUAAGUUUUGGGUUUACUUUAAUGAUGAGGUGUAAUGAGCAUGCCGCAUGGAUGGUACUUACUUUGCACCACCAGUGGUAUUUGAUACUACUAUAUGCUAUUCCAGGACUUGUGGAAUUCGCAA